AUGGCUCGUCAGAGAAGUGCCGGCAAGCUCAAGAUCUGCGAGUUGUUCUCGCCCCCUAGGCUGUCUUCUUUGGGAUCGCGUGAGGUGGAAUUCACGUCCCCGCCAAAUUUUGACUUCACCACGGGCUGGGAUUUCUUUGAUGCCUUGGACCGAGCGGCAUUUUGGAAGUGCCUGCGCGAUCAGAAACCAGACCUGGUGACAAUGUCCCCAGAGUGCAGGCCUAUCAGCAUACUGAUGAAUUCCAACAGGAGCAAGAUGGAACCAGGCGAAGUUCUCCGCCUGCGCACUCAGGGCUUGGCCAUGCUUCAGUUUUGCGUGCAGGUAGCUGAGUACCAGAUUUCCCGUGGCAAGUUCUUUUGGCUGGAGCAACCCGCUACGGCGUCAAGCCUUGCCACCCAUGCUGUCAAGUGGCUCCUGGAACAGCGAGAUGUUUGCCUGCUAAGGUUUGAUCAAUGUGCUGCAGGGCUGCCUGUUGUGCCAGACACGCUGUCGAAGAAGCCAACGGCUUCCAUCACGAAUCACGUUGGCUUGAUGCACGAGUUGUCCAAGCUGCAGUGUGAUGGUAGUCACACAUCAACCCUUGGAGAGUGGGCCAUGCUGCACGGCGUGCGGUGGCAGCUUAAACGAGAACAGCAGUUGUUUUCAUUUUUCAACGGCACGGAGAACGAGCUCGACAAUGAGCAAGAGCUUGGCGGAGAUGUGGACCCAGGGCUGAAGGAAAGUGAGCUGACAACCAGAGCGCCGCAAACACCCUCUCCGGUGCGGCCUGCGGCCACUCAAGUCAGCGCUCAGCAGAAGGAUAUGGUGGCCAAGCUCCACGUGAAUAUGGGGCAUUUGCCAGUUGAUCAAAUGCUCACGAUGUUGAGAGCGGCAGGGGCAAAGGAGGAGAUCAGAGAGUAUGUCAAGAACGAGUUCAGGUGCGAUCAAUGCUCUCGGCAGCGAAGGCCAAUUGAGAAGAAGAAGGCCACGUGGUUUCCGAGGACAUUCUCCUUUAACAAGAUACUGGGCAUUGACUAUUUCUACAUAUCCUUCAUGAACAAGACCCAUGCUUUUCUCAACGUGGUUGACCAGGGACACUUGGGAGCUCUUCUGCCGAACUUGGGUGCCACCCUUGGCUUGCCAGAGGUGAUCCUGUCAGAUCAGGGAUCAGAGUUCAAGGGCUACUUUGAGCGGGCUCUUGAGCAGUCAGGCACUUUGCAAGCUGUGACGGACAGCACUUCCCCUUGGCAGAACGGCCGUACCGACCGUCAUGGCGCUUGGGUCAAACAGCGCAUGGAAGAAGAGGUUCAGAGCGUUCAGACCAUCCUCAGGUCCAGCAAGGAGCUCGAAACCCUGGCUGCCCUCACAGUUUCUCACAAGAACCGUUGGCUUCACAGGUUCACCGUAUCAACUAGUGGCGUCAAUCCAAGGAUACCCCUGGAGCUCCUCUCGGACGACCAGAUGAUCGUCCCCGGGACGGGUGAUGCUUGUGUUGAUCCCUUCGAGGCCGACUCAUGUCCUGGCUUGGUCAUCACGCAAGACUCCCAUUCGGUAUGGAUCUCAAUGCGAUCAAGAAUCUGGAAGUGUUGCUCCGACCAAUUGAGACCAGCCAACCACAUCGAGCCUUUGGGCGCUGAGCUCAUCGGCAGCAAAGACCUAGCCGACGUAUUAGAGCAGUCCAAGGGCAAGAGAGCUGGAAGCGCCGGCAGUCUCGUCUCGGAGGAAUCUUUGCCACCGCGAUCUUUGACACCCAUCCCAGAGGAGAACGUGGCACCAGCACCCCUCUUGAUCCGCUGGCUCCAAAAGACUAAGAUUGAGAAAGCUCCCUCCAGACAAAGGAGGCUACGUCAAGAAGCGGGUGGCCCAAGUGUGGAGUCCGAGGUUCUCGAAAGAGCAGCUCUUCGAGAAUUGAAGCGUCUGGAGCGAGAAGACCGACUUCGUCUUCAAGGAGAAAGAGCCAUGGCAGUGCUUCCACCGGACCCGUGGAUCGCCCCCGAGCUUCAACAGAGACGCCUCAAGAACCUCAGUCUCAUGGUCCAGAUGGCUAACCUUUGCCUCAUGGCUGGCCCUGCCAAGACCAAGAAUUCUGAGUUUAGCAUGAAGCAUGCCACCCCAGAGGAUCUUGCCCAAGGAGGAGUCCAAGAAGAUCACGACCGACCUCCCACACAGGGUGAUUACGAGCAGAUGAUCCGCAGAAAGACGCCGAUGCCGGGCCUCGGAUCCUUCAAGUACAAGUCAAGGUGGUGUCUUCAUGGGCAUCAAGACCCAGACACAGGAAGUUUCGAGGUGUUUUCUCCAAUGCCUUCUACGGAGUCCAUCACUCUAUUCUUUCAGCUGUCCCUCAGCCUUGGGCUGUCGAUGAGCUUCUUGGACAUCAAGAAUGCCUUUUGCCAGGCCAACAAGUUGAACAGGCCUCAAGGUAAGAUCUAUGCUCAGCCUUGCGAAGGCAUUGGUGUCCCAGCCGACAGAUUGAUAGAAGUGGUGGCACCAAUCUAUGGUUUGGAUGACAGUCCUCUUCAUUGGCAUCAGACUCUAUUGGAAUUCUUUCAAAACCUUGGCUUUGAGAGAUCCCUGCUUGAGCCUUGUUGGAUGGUUAAGCGACAAAACAAUAAGGUGAUCGCCCAGGUGCUGAUUGAGGUGGACGACUUGAACAUUGCUUCCUCUCCGUCCUAUCUCCCCAUCAUCAGAGACGCGUUGACCAAGAGGAGAUUGGCAGAAAAGGAAUCUCCAUUGUCACACGAGGAGUUCGAAAACUUCCGCUCCACCCUCUACAAAGUGAAAUGGGUGGCCCACCAGACCAGACCAGAAGCUUCUGGUGUGGUCAGCAUAUUAGCCAGCCGUCUCAAGAAUGCCACGAUCCACGACGUGGCAUGCCUCAACAAGUUGAUCAGCCACCUCAGGAACACGGCGAACCGGCCUUUGGUCUUGCACAGGUUUGAUAACGAAAGGAUGACCUUGGUGUCAGCUUCUGACGCUGGUGGUGCUGAUGGAAAACCACCCGCAGAAGAUUCCCACGAGUUGCAAGACACCAUCCAGGGUGCUUGGUUAAUCAUGGCUGCUGACAAGGUUCCAUCAGCCUCCUCGAGAACCAGGGUUUCGAUUUUGUCUUGGAGAUCAGCCAAGCUCAAGCGCAGGGUGUCUUCGACAUUAGCUAGCGAAGCCCUUGCCUUUUCGCAAGCUUUGGGUGAGUUGGAGUGGAUUCAGAUCAUGAUCAGAGAUGUGAUCUAUGGUGAUGUCAACAGGUGCGACUGGUCCCAGUCCUUGCUUCCCUACCUCGGCGUCCUCAAGAAUGAUUGCCUCUUGAGCAAAGCCUUAGGGGAUCUUCUUCCUCAGUGCGGCAUCAUAGACGCCAAGAGCUUGUUUGAUGCCUUGAAGAAGGAGAAUCCAUCAUCUAGACAGGAUCGUCGGACAGCGAUUGAGAUCGCCAUCAUCAUCGAAGCCAUGAGGAAAUCCAAGUCAUUGCUGCGUUGGAUGCCCCAUCCCAGGAUGGUAGCUGAUGGGCUCACCAAAGAUGAUCUGACGAAAAGCAACGGAGCACUGGAAGAACUUUUCAGAACCAGUACUUUAGCUCUUUGGGAUGAGGCUGACGAGCUAGCAAGACGUAGGGAUGAUCCUAAGAGCCGGAGUAGAUCAAAGAAAGCUUCUCUUGAAUUCCGCAAGGCCGGAGCCAUCCUAGUGACGGAAGGCCAACUCAACAGAGAUUUAGGGGUGCUGUUCCAAUUUCCCACCAUUUUGACCUGCCAGGUGAAAGACAUGUGA